AUGGACCUCUUUACUUCCGCACAGUUUGGCCCUCGCGUUGAGGGUCUCCUGCAAAAGUUUCAUGCUCCCGGCGUCUCCAUUGCUAUUGUUCAAAACUCCUCUAUUGUCUCUGCUGGUUAUGGUCUUGUCAACCUUGACCCGCCGAAACCCAUGACGGCUGACGUUCUCUUUGACAUUGCGUCGGCCUCCAAGUCUCUCACUGCUGCGUCAGUCGCCCUGCUCGUCCACAACGAUGGCCAUUAUCCCCAUGUCACGUAUGAGGCUACCAUGUCCAGCCUCUUGCCGGAGGACUUUGUCAUGUCAGAUGAAACCUACACUAAGGUCGUCACUGUGGAAGACAUGUUGUCUCACCGCACGGGUAUUGCACCUCAUGAUGAGUCAUAUCUUGGCCCUAACUCUCCCCAUACAGAUAAUGCGAAAUCCGUGACUCGGAAUCUGCGAAAUCUGGCUGUUGCGGCACCAAUACGCACCAAACACUUGUACUGCAACAUGAUGUAUACCGUUGCAACGCAUCUCAUCGAGACUGUGGCCUCUCUCAGCUUUGCCGACUUCCUGCAGAGACACUUUUUCAACCCCCUUGGCAUGAACUCAACUAAUUUGCAGCCAGCACGCGCAAGAGCCAAGGGUCUUGGAGAUCGCAUCACCCCUGGUUACGUGUGGGACGACGAGACGAAAACCUACAACCGAUUCAAAGUUCCUGAUGCUCCUGAAGCACAGGGUGCAGGCUCCAUCAUCACCAGCGUAAAUGAUUAUGUGAAAUAUGUGAAGGCCAUCAUGAACCAAGAGGAGCCGUUCACCAAAGACAUCUACGAGGGGCUCAUUAGGAGUCGCUCACUUUUUGACCCUGACUACAAGCAACGUACGGCUUCAACUUCUUCGAUACUCUAUGCGGCGGGCUGGGAAGUUACGUUUUACCGAGGCUUCAUGAUAGUUGGCCACGGGGCCCACUUCUUCCUACCAGAGAUCAAGUUUGGCGGUGCUAUUUUCAGCAAUUCCGGGGGAGGAGGCGUGAUCGGUGACAUAAUCAAGUCGGAGCUGAUUGAUGAAGCGCUCAAAAUUCCUAGGGAGCGACGACUUGAUUGGGAGAAACUGUUCGGUGCAGCAGGCGCUGACAGCGCCGGGGAUGGUGAUCCCAACGUGAAAAUACGCCAAGAGCUCUGCCCGGGGAUCAAGGAUCCAGAGCCACAGACGAUGGCCCUCUCCGCCUACACGGGCGAGUACUGGAACGCCGGCUAUCACAACAUGACCGUUGACAUCAGAGACAGGAAGCUCCACAUCGAUGGCUCAGACCGUUCUUUUGCCUUCCAGAUUGAAUUCGAGCAUGUGUGUAAGCAGACAAGGUAUAUUGCACACAUGAUCCUCCAAAAUGAAGGAGGCGAUAGCCCUCUACGGGCCGAGUUUCAGUUUGAUGGUGAUAUGGCAUCUAAAAUGGGCCUGUAUCUGGAAAAUGCGCUGGACGAUCUUAUUUGGUUUGAAAAAGUCAACUAG